UUGGUGACAAACAAAACAAUUAGGUGAAGGUUCUUCAAUUGUUUGAGCUGUCCUCAGUGCAGGUUUUAAAUAAAAGAGCAUCUUGCUUCUACAAUCUCCAUUUGCUCCACAGUCUGUCUUAAAUCUUGAUAGCAACUGCAGCUUCAUCCCCAUCAUGGAUUAUCAAUUUCCUUCUUUUCCAGUUCUAUUGGGCUUUCUUGUUUUCAUAUUUAUGCUGCUGAGAAUAUGGAGAAAAUCAAGAGACAAGAAGUCAAAUUCGGUCUCACCACCAGGUCCGUGGAAGCUACCCCUUAUAGGAAACAUGCACCAAAUGAUUGGCUCUCUACCCCAUCGCCGUCUACGAGAUUUAGCCACAAAAUACGGACCUAUCAUGCACCUUCAACUAGGUGAAGUCUCCACUGUUAUCUUUUCUUCGCCAGAAGUUGCCAAAGAAGUACUGAAAACAAAUGACAUUAAAUUUGCCACAAGACCUUAUAGCCUUGCCGCAGAUAUCAUAUCCUAUAACAUUAAAAAUAUUGGAUUUGCGCCAUAUGGAGAGUACUGGAGACAGAUGCGUAAAAUCUGCACAAUGGAGAUCUUCAGUGAUAGAAGGGUUCAAGCGGCACGACCAAUAAGAGAAGAAGAGGUACUAGAGUUCAUUAAAUCCAUUUCUCUUAAGGUGAGAUCAAAAAUAAACCUCAGCGAGAUGUUAACUGGGUUAACAUUUGCAAUCACAAUGAAGGCAGCAUUUGGUGGGGUUAGUGAAAGGCAUGAAGCAUUUGUUCCACUUAUAAGAGAAAUAAUGGAGGUGGCGGGAGGUUUCAGUUUAGCCGAUAUGUUCCCAUCCAUAAAAUUCUUUCAUACGAUCAGUGGGAUGAGGACUCGACUUGAGAGGCUGCAUCGCGAAAUUGAUAAGAUAUUUGAAAGUCUAAUCAAUGAACAUAAAUUUAACAGGUCAAGAAUCGAUUCUAGUGAUGCCAAUAAUUUCUUAGACAUUCUCUUGAAUCUUCAGGAACACGGAGACUUCUCCUUUACAAUAGACAACAUCAAAGCGGUUGUGCUAGACAUUUUCAUUGCGGGGACUGAUACAUCGGCUAUAACUUUAGAAUGGGCAAUGUCAGAAUUGCUAAAGAAUCCGAGAGUGAUAGCAAAGGCUCAAACAGAGGUGAGGGAGGUCUUUGAUAAAAAAGGAUAUGUAGAUGAAGCAGGACUCGAAGAACUAGAAUUCUUGAGAGCAGUUAUCAAAGAAACUCUAAGGUUACAUCCUCCAGGUCCAUUGUUAGCUCCAAGAGAAUGUAGAGAGAGAUGUCAGAUUAAUGGAUAUGAGAUACCUGAAAAGACCCACAUUAUCAUCAAUGCAUGGGCUAUUGGAAGAGAUCCCAACUAUUGGAUUGAAGCAGAGAGAUUCUAUCCAGAGAGAUUCCUCGAUAGCUCAAUUGACUACAAGGGGAAUAACUUUGAAUAUCUUCCAUUUGGUGCUGGAAGGAGAAUGUGUCCAGGAAUUUCAUUUGGGAUAGCCAACAUUGAGCUUCCACUUGCGCAGUUACUAUACCAUUUUGAUUGGAAACUCCCUGAUAAUAUCAAACAAGAAGAUCUAGACAUGACUGAAUGUUUUGGAAUUGUAGUUACAAGAAAAAGUGAUCUGGUCUUAAUUCCUAUUCCUUAUAAUUCCCCUGUUGUUGAGGAAAACAAGUGAUGUUAACCUGUGUUACAACAUUCUCGUUUGUUAUAUUACGUUGAGUAAGUAGUCAGGUCGAUCUAUGUUUAUGUUGGAUUGUUGUUUUAAGUUUGUAAUACUUAUUAGAGUACUUUCU